AUACCAACCCAAUCCACCCCUCGCCUCAUACAUCCACCAGUCCGUCCGCAGUCCACACACACCAUGGCCGCCCUCACCGCCGCGCUCCCGUCCUCCCCGGCCGCCAAGGCCGCGGUUUCUUCCUCCGUCUCGCCGCCGUGCUUCUUGGCCUGCCCGAGCCGUCUCCGCAAUGCCAGCAGGGGCGUGCGCACGGCGCAGGUGUCCACGACGGAGACCGCGGAGCCUGCCGCGCCGGCGCCGGUCAAGGAGAAGAAGAUCUCCAAGAAGCAGGACGAGGGCGUGGUGACCAACAAGUACCGCCCCAAGGAGCCCUACGUCGGGCGCUGCCUCCUCAACACCCGCAUCACCGGCGACAACGCGCCCGGCGAGACCUGGCACAUGGUCUUCAGCACCGAAGGUGAGAUCCCGUACAGAGAGGGGCAGUCGAUCGGCGUGAUCGCGGACGGGGAGGACAAGAACGGGAAGCCGCACAAGCUCAGGCUCUACUCCAUCGCCAGCAGCGCGCUGGGGGACUUCGGCGACUCCAAGACGGUCUCGCUCUGCGUGAAGCGGCUCGUGUACACCAACGACGCGGGGGAGGUCGUCAAGGGCGUCUGCUCAAACUUCCUGUGUGACCUGAAGCAGGGGCAAGAAGUGAAGAUCACGGGGCCUGUGGGCAAGGAGAUGCUCAUGCCCAAGGACCCCAACGCAACCAUCAUCAUGCUUGGGACGGGUACCGGUAUAGCGCCGUUCCGCUCCUUCCUGUGGAAGAUCUUCUUCGAGGAGCACGAGGACUACAAGUUCAAUGGCCUCGCAUGGCUCUUCUUGGGUGUCCCCACAAGCGACACUCUACUGUACAAGGAGGAGUUUGAGCACAUGGCUAAGAUCGGCGGCGACAACUUCCGGCUGGACUUCGCUGUGAGCAGGGAGCAGACGAACGCUGCGGGGGAGAAGAUGUACAUCCAGACGCGGAUGGCGGAGUACAAGGAGGAGCUCUGGGAAAUGCUCAAGAAGGACAACACCUACGUCUACAUGUGUGGGCUCAAGGGCAUGGAGAAGGGCAUCGACGACAUCAUGGUCGACCUCGCCGCCAAAGACGGGAUCAACUGGAUCGACUACAAGAAGCAGCUGAAGAAGGCCGAGCAAUGGAACGUCGAAGUCUACUGAUCGAAACCAGUUCAUCGCUCCUGUUGCCAUGGAAGGACGGCAUGCAUAUGCUGCAAAUGUUUCUUCCCACCUAGUUUUUCCUUUUACCCCGCAAUUGAACAGUGCAAUGCUCAAGGCUGUGAUCAUAUAUACGCCUUUGUAUCUAGCGACGAGAGUGAGUGAGCACGGUGAGCUGUUAUGAAAUCUCCUUGGCUCCUCUGAACAAUGUACAUACUGACACUCGCAUUUGUCUCGACUGAUCUCGCUCGCCUUCUCAA